UUCUUGUAUUAUCCUGCAUUUACCAGGAGGUUUAAAAGGCGGCAGUUUCCCCUCAGUUGGUCAUCACUCACAUUAGCAUUGGCUUAUUGUAUCUGCUUACCCUUGCAAGUAACUCGCGAUGCGCACCAUGUUCUUGGCUAUCGGGUUGAUGUGCCUCGUUAAUUAUGCACUUUCCAGUUCUCUUCCUAGUCUUCUCAAUUACGGAGAAGUUAAGUUCAACCGCCAAUCUUUGCGGAAACAAAUUACGGCAGAUGCGAAUAAAAUUGUCGGUGGAACUGCUGCCCUUGUAGGCGAAUUUCCAUAUCAGGCUGCCUUGAACCUCGGUGGUCGUUCAUGUGGCGGAACCUUGAUUUCCACUUCAAUUGUUUUGACAGCAGCGCAUUGCGUAGACGGGUUGUCUCCUUCCUCUGCCAGCACGUUCAAGGUGACCGUCAACACGACGAGAUUAAGUGGUGGGACCGGUGCUAUUAGCAGAGGAGUGAGGAAAUUCGUCGUGCAUGCCUCAUACAAUCCCAACACACAAGAUAACGAUAUUGCUCUACUGGCUUUAAACUCACCGAUAACAAACGUCCGGUUCGCUAAGCUUCCAUUAGCUGAUGCUACCACUACGUACGCAGGCCAGCAGGCCGUAAUUGUCGGAUGGGGAACAACUUCUGCUGGUGGGACCGUCUCCAGUAAUCUGCUCAAGGCUACGGUUACUGUUUUGACGAACACAGAGUGCAAUCUGCAAUACAAUAAUAAGAUUACUAGUGGCAUGGUUUGCGCAGCGUCUCCGGGUAAAGAUACUUGCCAGGGUGACAGUGGUGGUCCCAUGCUGGUGGACGAUGUUCAAAUUGGUAUCACCAGCUUCGGCAAGGGCUGUGCUGAUCCUCGAUUUGCAGGUGUGUACACCCGAAUUACUCGUUACGUUACCUGGAUCACAACCACUUCCUCUACGAUUUGAAUUGACUCUGGCACAUUGUAGCUUUACGGUAAAAAAA